AUGAAGGAUUCUGAGUCCAUUAAAGAGUACUCAGAUAAGUUGAUUGGGAUUACUAAUAAGGAAAGAGCAUUAGGAACCAAUUUAUCUAACAAUAGAUUGGUUCAGAAGAUUCUAGUUUCAAUAUUUGAGAGAUAUGAAGCAACCAUUGCUUUCUUAGAAAAUACUAAAGACCUCUCAAAACUCAAGGUGAUAGAAGUGGUUAGUGCUUUGCAAGCACAAGAGCAGAGGAGGUUGAUGAGACAAGAAGGAAGCAUUGAGGGGGCAUUGAAAGCUAGAAUGCAGCAGGGAGAAGGUGGAAGAGAGAAUAAGGGAAGUAGUAACAGUAGCUCAGAGUCUGCUGCAAAAGAUGCUGGUAGUACAUGCAAGCAUUGUGGGAAGCAGAUCAUCCAUAUUUCAAAUGAUGGAGAAGGCUAG